GGAUUUUUUUACCGAAAAUGUCAAUGUAAACAAACUGCAUAGCAACUUCUGACUGCUUCUGACAGUAGACGGGCUCGCGUCUAAUAGUUUACAAAAUGUCUUUUUUCGGACUCUCUCAGCUAGGGUACCAAAAUACGAUACGAGAAGGCUCUGCUCGCUCAAAGGCUGAUCCCUUAAGGUCAAAGACACAACUGGGAUUUAUUGCAUUGCCGCCGUUACAGGACAAAAACCCUGCAAAAAGAUCCAUUGUUCCAAUUAACCAAGUAUCUGGAUAUGGUCCAGGACCACAAGGCUCACACGUAGAACAUACCCGCAUGAGAACGAAACAUAUCAGAAACCCACAAGAGCCAUACGACAUAUACAGAAUACCUCUAGGCACUUCACAACAAUAUGGAUGGUGGCGAACUCGGGAACCUCUUAAGCAAAACGAACCGUGGACAUAUGUAAAGCGACAAGUUCACGUAAACAGUGAGAUGACACGAUUCGUAAAUGAGAUGAGCCUUACCAACAGAGAAUUUACAUUAUUCUAAGAAGUAGUUGAAAGCUUUAUUCGUCAUUCUAUAUGUGUUCAUUAUUACUCAUGUCAAAAUAUUUCUGACAGUAUUGUUUAUAUCAGAUUUUAUUUCUACAUUUGUUGUUUCUUCACAGACUCUAUAUAUUUGCCACCUUUUUUAUUCUUUUUGCUCAAGAUCCUACAUGUAUGUGCGUGAAUUUCUAAGCCGAAUUAAUGUCUAGAAAUAUUUUUCUCUUUAGAGUAGUCAAUAACGUUAUUGUUGAAAGAUUUCCAACAGCAAUUAUAUGUUUUCUGCUACUGGAAUAAAAUUCCCAUAGUGCAAUCUUACUACAUGUUAUAACACAGAAACCAUGUACAUAUGUUUUAGUUUUGUUUUCUUGUUCAUUAAAAAAAAAAACAUUACAUACAGUAUUAAAGCUUUUACAUUAUUAUCAAUUUACAAACUGAAAU